AUGGGUGUCACUAAAGACCUCCACAUCGUCAUCAUUGGCGCCGGUAUGGGCGGCCUGGCCACGGCGCUCGCCUUAGCCAAGGAAGGUUUCACGCAUAUCGAUGUCUACGAAACUGCCUCGGAUCUCGGAUUUGUAGGGGCAGGAAUCCAAUUAGCACCCAACAUGGCCAGAAUAUUAGACAGGCUUGGUGUUUGGGAGCCAAUAGCAAAAGAUGCCACUCCGCUAAAAGGCGCCAGCAUUCGAAAGGGCCCCACGGAUGAAGAGCUCGCGUUCUCCGACAUGACCUGGAUCGAGGAUUCGUACAGCUACAAACAUUCGGUGGGCCACCGAGCAUCGCUUGCUGGUGAGCUCUACGAGGGUUGCAAGAGGGAAUCGGCGAUCAAGUUCUUCUUCGCCUCUCCUGUCACCGAAUUCAAGACCUUCUCACCCAAGCCCACAUUUAUCGUGACGCCCCGGAAAGAUGGCGGUGACCCGUACACAGUCAGCUGCGACGUUCUUUUCGGCGCAGACGGCGUUAAGUCACGAACAAGAGUAGCCAUCCUCGAGGACCUUGGUGUGGACGCUAAGGUGGUAGACUCAGGGCAGGCGGCAUACAGAAUCAUGCUAAAAAGAGAGGACAUGGAAAAGGACCCGGAACUGUUGGCGCUCAUCGACGCAGACCAAAGCACAAGAUGGAUCGGCGAGAGGAAACACAUCAUCGCCUAUCCCGUAUCGUCAAAGACAAUCUACAACAUCUCCACCGCACACCCCGACAGCAACUUCGCCGCAGCGCCGGACGAGACAUAUACGACGCUGGGGAGCAAGGAGUCGAUGUUGUCGGUGUACUCCGACUUCGCCCCUGUCAUCCAGAAAAUGCUCAACAUGGUGCCCGAGGGAGAGGUGUGUGAGUGGAAGCUCCGUGUCCACCAACCCCUGCCGACCUGGACUCACGGCACCGUAGCACUGGUGGGAGACGCAUGCCAUCCAACCCUGCCACACCUGAACCAGGGCGCGGCCCAGGCGAUCGAAGACGCAGCCGUGAUCGCUGUCGCCCUUUCCAGGACGCCGGACUCCAGCCCAGAGAGCAUCCACAAGUCGCUCAAGGUGUACGAGAAGCUGAGGAAAGAGAGGGCCGAGGCAUUGGUCGCCAUGGCUGCUGCCAAUGGCAAGGAGAUGCAGCUGGGCGAUGGUGCUGCGGCAGCCGAGAGGGAUGCCGCCUUCAAGGCGUUCAGGGAGAGCGGGCAGGGUAAGGUGCCGGACAAGGCAGCCGAUAAGGGAGUGCUGAGCUUUAUCUAUGAGUGGGAUGCGUCCGAGGAGACGGCGACUCAGUUCGAGAGCAUUUACAAGAGUUUGUAG